ACAGCAGCCAAUUCAACAAUAUCACUGACCCUCGGUUGCAAAUUCUCAAUGUACCUAAUUUUUGGUUUGAUGGAGCUAUUCGUCUAUAGUUGGUGUGGACAUAUUAUACAGGAUCAGACGGGCAGCUUGCAUGGAAGUCUCUAUGAGAUGGCUUGGCUUUCAAAUUCUCCAAAAUUCAAGAAAAAUGUGCUGCAAGCCAUGACUAGGGCCUUGAGACCUUGCCGACUCACGGCUGGAAAAUUUUAUCCAGUCGAUUUCAAAACGUUUGCUGGGGUUUUGAAGAUGUCAUAUUCAAUGUUCACCUUCUUAUAUGGGAUCGGGUCUCAAAAAAUAGUGUUUUAAUGUAACAUAAUAGAAGUUUCAUUAAUAAAAACAUU